AUGUCGACGGGGCAGCUCCAUUCGUUGGCUCUCUCCCUCACACGCACGCUCGAGCGAUGGGUGCUGCAGCAGCGGCAGCAACGGCUGCUGCAGCAGCAACGGGAGCAGCAGCAGCAGCAGCAGCAGUGCGGGAUACCAGGCGGGCUUGUUACUGGAGCUGGUAAGGGCGCUAGCGGGGAGGCGCAUUGCGCGGAUGCUAAUGGCGUGGGGAGGGGCAGCGGGGGAGCGGAGAAGGAUGUAGGAGUUGGUUCCGGUGUUGGGGUUGUGACAGGCGGUAAAGUCGGACAGGGGGGACAUGGCGGGAGGGAUGAGAAGGCCGAAGGUAUUGAGUCGUUAAAGGAGAUGCUUAUAGUGAUGCUAAGGGAGCAGCAGCUGGGACAGCGGGAAGAUCUGACAAGCAGCCGAGAUUCGGGAGAGGCGGGUACGUUUGCGCUUGUGGGGAUCCGAGGAGAGUGCAGGAGGGAGGAGAAGCAGAGGAGCAGAGUGCGGGGGGAGGGGAGCGGAGAUUGCGCGAGUGUGGAGCAGUUUUAUCGGCUGGGGGAGGAGGUGGGGCGGGGGCAUUUCGGCGUGGUGCGCGUGUGUUGGGAUGCGGAGACGGGGGAGCAGUUUGCGUGCAAGUCCGUGCUUCUAUCGAAUGUCAAGCGCCAGGAGGACGUGAACGAGCUGCGCGCGGAGAUCUGCAUGCUGCUGCGCCUGCGCGGGCACGAGCACAUUGUCUCGCUGCGCGAGGUCGUCGUCGACGCCGCGAGCGCCGCCGUGCACGUUAUAACGGAGCACUGCGAGGGCGGCGACCUGUUCGAUGGCGCUGGCGGAGACUUUUCCGCGCGGUCCCGUUCCAGCUGCUCCGCGCGGUCCCGUUCCAGCUGCUCCGCGCGUCGAGAAAUUGCCAGGGAGGGGGAGGGAGAGGCGGAACGAGAAGGAGGGGAGGGAGAGGCGGGGGAAAAGCGGCGGGUGAAAGUUGCAGAUUUCGGGCUAUCCCUGGUGCUGCAGCGGGGGCAGCAGGUGCGCGGAUUGGCGGGAAGCCCGUUCUACAUGGCUCCAGAGAUCGUCAAGCACCAAACGUACGGGUUUGCCGUAGACGUGUGGAGCCUGGGCGUCGUUCUAUACACCGCAUUGGCCGGCGUGUUGCCUUUCUACGGGAAGGAUCACGCGACGAUCUUCGGCGCGAUUUGCCGCGCGCAGCCGGAUCUGACGCGGCAUCCGUGGGGGACGGUGAGCGGGGAGGCGAAGCACCUGGUGCGGCGAAUGCUGUGCGCGACGCCGCAGGGGCGCAUUCCGCUCGCGCAGGUGCUGCUGCACCCGUGGAUGGUGCGCCACAACCCGCACGCGCGCGCGCAGGCGGAGGCGCAGGCGCAGGGGGGUGCGGUUCCGCGCGCGCCGCCUGGGCUCGGGUAUGGGGAUGGGUACGGGCGCGAGCGUGAGCGUGAGCGCGAAUGUGGGCGAGUGUAUGGUGCUGGUGGGUAUGGGCAAGGAUACGCGCACAUGCAGGCGUGCGCGCAGGAGGUUGCAGCAAGGAGCGGGCCUGAUGCUGUGGCGCUUAAGGGGGGUACGCCGCCUGCUACUGUACCGCCUGCCCAUGGUCCUGUGCCCUCUCAGGUUGCGGUGCCUGCUCGUGCGACCAUGCCUGCUGCUGUUGCUGCUGCCGCGCCUGCUUACGUGCAUGCUUCUGAUGUUUCCCCUGUGAAGCGGGACGAGAGGAAGGAUAGGGAGGAGAUGGUGGAGAAGGGUCGGGAGAAGAGGGAGCGGGUGGAUGGGGGUGUGGCCAGGGCGUGUUUUGAGACGUCUCAAAACAAGCAGCAGGUGGAUGGGGGUGUGGCCAGGGCGUGUUUUGAGACGUCUCAAAACAAGCAGCAGGUGGAUGGGGGUGUGGCCAGGGCAUUGGAGAAGCGGAGCGAGUUGCAGAGUGCACUGCAGUCGCCUUCGCCACUGCUGCAGCACAAGCAGCAGCAGCAGCAGUACCAACGGCACCAGCAGCAGCAACAGCAGCAGCAGCAGGGCGCAGAUCACAAUCCCAUGUCCCCCCGUGCCUUCCGCGCCUUCCCCUUCCUCCCCGCCUUCCGCCUGCGCCCCCCGCCGCUCUCCCUCGCGGGUGUGCUAGGAACAGUAGGCUGGGACUCCGCAGCAGGGGAAGGCAGCGCAGCAGGAGGAAGGGAGAGGGGGGGAGACGGGGGAAGGGAUGGGCGGAGAGAAGACCCGUGGGGGGAAGGAUUGGGGGGGACGGAGAGUGCGCCAAACUCCCCGUAUCUUCCCCGUGUUGCCCCGUCCUCCCCCCAUUCCCCCAUCCCGUCGCCUGCGGCCUCCCCCUUCUCACGCCCCAUGCGCUACCGGGAUCGCUUCGCCCAGGUUCAUCCUGGCCCUGACACUGCCUCCCCUCCUGCCACUGCCUCCCUUCCCUCUGCUUCCCCUCCCUCUGCUUCCCGCCCUCCUGCUUCCCCUCCCACUGAACUUCUCCUGUCUGUACACCCUCAUCCUAUUGCCUCCCCUCCCACUGCUACUCCUCCUGCUUCCUCACCUCAUACCAUCUGCUCCCAUGUCACGGCCUCCCUUCUAACGGCCUCUCCUCCUGCUGCUACUCCGUCCUCCUCUUCCCCUCAUUGCACCACUGCCUUUUAUACCGGCCAUGCUGCUACUCCCAUCACCUUUGCUCCUCCACCGCUGCUCUUGCACCCAUCCUCGCCCCGCUCCACGCCAGCUGCUGUCACACCAUUGUUUGAGGCGCCUCAAAAGGCAGUGCACACUCUCCCUUCACCCAGCGCCAUGCCAGCUGCUGUCACACCAUCCCAUGCUAUGCCUCCGACCGCCAAGGCCCACGCGCUCUUGAAGUUUGAGGAGUAG